AUGAGAAUCACCCAGCACAAAACAAGGAAAGAUUCUGGUGGCAUAAGUGAAGACAUAACUGGAAUCACUGUCUCAUCUAGCCCUCCAAAAUCUACCACAAUCUCAGGUGCUAUUCCAAAGGGUAAUGCAGAUUUUCCAGCAGAGGCUGUGCAAAGCUUCCACAAGGAAAAACCUCCAGUAGUUCACAGUGCAAAGCCUAUUAUCCAUAUUCAGCAACCUAGGAAGUAG